GGGAGGAGGAAGGUGGGGGCGGGUGGGCCUAGGAUCUGGGGGCGCCUCCUCGCUGCGGGGAGCUGGCUUGGGGCUAGGGCGUGACUGUCUCCCUGCCACCAUCACCGCCCGCCGGCCGUGACUGCAAUAAGAGAAGUCCGAGGCGGCUUCCUCCUCCCUGCCCAGCAGGGGCGGCGGUCAGAGGCGGGCAGCACCCCAGUUCUCCCCCGCACGCCGGCACUCGCGGCUGCUGGAGCCCCGGCUGGCUCACCCCGGGGCCGGGCAGAAUUGGGCUCCAGGUCUCUGACCCCUCCCAAGGAUCAUGCCGCAGCCCCACUGACCCAGGAGUAGGGGCCUAAGGGCAGGGAACCUGGAAUGGGCUGUGUGUUCUGCAAGAAAUUGGAGCCGGCGCCCACGGCCAAGGAGGAUGCUGGCCUGGAAGGGGACUUCAGAAGCUACGGGGCAGCAGACCACUAUGGGCCUGACCCCACUAAGGCCCGGCCUGCAUCCUCAUUUGCCCACAUCCCCAACUACAGCAACUUCUCCUCUCAGGCCAUCAACCCUGGCUUCCUUGAUAGUGGCACCAUCAGGGGUGUGUCAGGUGCCACUUCCCAGAUGGGAAGUCUUCUUGGCGGGGAAGAGGAGGAGUGGGCAACAAGGGGAUCCUCCAUGGUGGGAGGAAUGGGCUUGAAGUUGUGUGUCCUAAGCUGUGGAGACCAAAUCAGAAAUUCCUUGGACCCCAAAGGCCUUUGGGAAUCGGAGCACUAAAGGAGUGGGGAGGUGCAGCACCUGGCUGGGGAACAGGAAUUUGGGGUGCAGCCCCCUUGGUGCUUCUGCCCCAUGCCCUACCCUGCUGAGUAGCCCUGACUCUGCAGGGAUUGGGGUGACCCUGUUCAUUGCCCUGUAUGACUAUGAGGCUCGAACUGAGGAUGACCUCACCUUCACCAAGGGCGAGAAGUUCCACAUCCUGAACAAUACUGAAGGUGACUGGUGGGAGGCUCGGUCUCUCAGCUCCGGAAAAACUGGCUGCAUUCCCAGCAACUAUGUGGCCCCUGUUGACUCCAUCCAGGCUGAAGAGUGGUACUUUGGAAAGAUUGGGAGAAAGGAUGCAGAGAGGCAACUGCUUUCACCAGGCAACCCCCAGGGGGCCUUUCUCAUUCGGGAAAGCGAGACCACCAAAGGUGCCUACUCCCUGUCCAUCCGGGACUGGGAUCAGACCAGAGGCGAUCAUGUGAAGCAUUACAAGAUCCGCAAACUGGACAUGGGCGGCUACUACAUCACCACACGGGUUCAGUUCAACUCGGUGCAGGAGCUGGUGCAGCACUACAUGGAGGUGAAUGACGGGCUGUGCAACCUGCUCAUCGCGCCCUGCACCAUCAUGAAGCCGCAGACGCUGGGCCUGGCCAAGGACGCCUGGGAGAUCAGCCGCAGCUCCAUCACGCUGGAGCGCCGGCUGGGCACCGGCUGCUUCGGGGAUGUGUGGCUGGGCACGUGGAACGGCAGCACUAAGGUGGCGGUGAAGACGCUGAAGCCGGGCACCAUGUCCCCGAAGGCCUUCCUGGAGGAGGCGCAGGUCAUGAAGCUGCUGCGGCACGACAAGCUGGUGCAGCUGUACGCCGUGGUGUCCGAGGAGCCCAUCUACAUCGUGACCGAGUUCAUGUGUCACGGCAGCUUGCUGGAUUUUCUCAAGAACCCAGAGGGCCAGGAUUUGAGGCUGCCCCAAUUGGUGGACAUGGCAGCCCAGGUAGCUGAGGGCAUGGCCUACAUGGAACGCAUGAACUACAUUCACCGCGACCUGAGGGCAGCCAACAUCCUGGUUGGGGAGCGGCUGGCGUGCAAGAUCGCAGACUUUGGCUUGGCGCGUCUCAUCAAGGACGAUGAGUACAACCCCUGCCAAGGUUCCAAGUUCCCCAUCAAGUGGACAGCCCCAGAAGCUGCCCUCUUUGGCAGAUUCACCAUCAAGUCAGACGUGUGGUCCUUUGGGAUCCUGCUCACUGAGCUCAUCACCAAGGGCCGAAUCCCCUACCCAGGCAUGAAUAAACGGGAAGUGUUGGAACAGGUGGAGCAGGGCUACCACAUGCCGUGCCCUCCAGGCUGCCCAGCAUCCCUGUACGAGGCCAUGGAACAGACCUGGCGUCUGGACCCAGAGGAGAGGCCUACCUUCGAGUACCUGCAGUCCUUCCUGGAGGACUACUUCACCUCUGCUGAACCACAGUACCAGCCCGGGGAUCAGACAUAGCCUGUCCGGGCAUCAACCCUCUCUGGCGGUGGCCACCAGUCCUUGCCAAUCCCCAGAGCUAUUCUUCCAAAGCCCCCAGGCUGGCUUAGAACCCCAUAGAGUCCUAGCAUCUCCGAGGAGGUGGCUGCUCUGACACCACCUAGGGCAACCUACUUGUUUUACAGAUGGGGCAAAAGGAGGCCCAGAGCUGAUCUCUCAUCCGCUCUGGCCCCAAGCACUAUUUCUUCCUUUUCCACUUAGGCCCCUACAUGCCUGUAGCCUUUCUCACUCCAUCCCCACCCAAAGUGCUCAGACCUUGUCUAGUUAUUUAUAAAACCGUAUGUACCUCCCUCACUUCUCUCCUAUCACUGCUUUCCUACUCUCCUUUUAUCUCACUCUAGUCCAAGUGCCAAGAAUUUCCCUUCUACCCUCUAUUCUCUUGUGUCUGUAAGUUACAAAGUCAGGAAAAGUCUUGGCUGGACCCCUUUCCUGCUGAGUGGAUGCAGUGGUCCAGGACUGGGGUCUGGGCCCAGGUUUGAGGGAGAAGGUUGCAGAGCACUUCCCACCUCUCUGAAUAGUGUGUAUGUGUUGGUUUAUUGAUUCUGUAAAUAAGUAAAAUGACAAUAUGAAUCCUCAAA